GUCGCUCUGACACUCAACGGAAUCAAACUCAACACCACACUCUCACUCACUCACUCUUUUUGACACAGAGGCAGACACACACACAUAUCCUCAGUGUAACGCGGGGCAAGCACACCACAAACAGCAGAGAAGAGGAAAGAGGAAGAAAAGAAAGGAGGGAAAUAAAGGAGGAGAAAGGGAAACAUUGAACGGAAUUAUCUAACACUUAGAUUUUCUCAGAGGCUUUGAAAGGAGAUCAGACACAGAGGAGUUGAGAGAAGAGGAAAAGAGGAGGAAGACAGUGGAAACCCUAAACACAGGUUCAGUGUCACAGGGACUCAGUCUCUUCACUGAAGACCCUUGGAUCCUGAACCCAUUUCACCUAGGAGCCCCUACCCCCACCCUCCUCCUUGCCCCAGCCCCACAGCCUGUGGGUAUCUUCCUGUAUCUGUGUGUGUGUAACUCCCCCCUCCUCAUCCUCCCACCUCCAGAGCCCAUAGUCCACCAUGCUGUGGACUGUUCUCCUAGCCCUGCUAGUUCUCCUCCUGCUGCAGACCCAGCUAUGUGUCUGUCUACGGGUGCUCAGAGUUGCUGGCUAUUCUUCCCCCUCAUCCUCCCCCUCUCGUAAUGCCACCAAGCAGCGACUACCUGGAGCCAUCAUCAUCGGCGUGCGUAAAGGUGGCACCAGGGCCCUCCUGGAGAUGCUCAACCUCCAUCCGGACGUAGAGGUGGCCAAGGCUGAGGUGCACUACUUCAACGUGGAAGAGCACUACCGGCGUGGGCUGGCGUGGUAUCGUGCCCAGAUGCCCUUCACCCUGCCUGGGCAAGUGACGGUGGAGAAAACUCCUGGCUACUUUUCCUCUCCCCAGGUCCCUCAGCGGGUCUGGGAGAUGAACCCUGCUGUCCGACUCCUGCUGAUCGUCCGGGACCCCGCUGAGCGCCUCGUCUCCGACUACACCCAGGUUCUCCAUAAUAGGGUGACCCGCCACAAGCCCUACAAGUCUCUAGAAGAGCUGCUGCUCCGCCAGGGCCACAUUGACCCGGCCUACAAAGCCCUGCAGAGGAGUCUGUACCACCAACACCUGGACCGCUGGCUGGAAGUCUUCCCCAGGGAGCAGGUCCAUGUGGUGGACGGAGAGGCCCUCAUCAGAGACCCCUUCCCAGAGCUCCGGAGGGCGGAGAGGUUCCUGGACCUGCUGCCCCGCAUCACUCCCUCCAACUUCUACUUCAACACAACUAAAGGUUUCUACUGCCUCCUCUCUGCUGGGGGCCAUGACAAGUGUCUGGAUGAGUCCAAGGGGAGGCCCCACGCUCCUCUCAGCUCCCGGGCCUUCAGGAAGCUCUGCCGAUACUUCAAAGAACCCAACCGCCUGUUCUUUGAAAUGGUGGGACGUUCCUUCUCCUGGUGCUGACUGUGCAUCAAGAAACAAAAGGCCCUUUAUUUCUCUGAUACCACCUUUAAUGGGACAGAGAGAGGGGACAGACAGGGCCAACUGGAGAUAUUGGCCAUAAUAGCAAAUAUUUGGGAUGCCUUUGAAAUGGUCACCUGUUCCCUAUGUAGUGCACUACUUUUGGGCAGAGUGGGUACCAUUUAGAACGUAAUCUUAGAGACUCUUAGAGACACUAAGAGCAGGUCAACAGUGAAAAGACAUUGGCCUGUGUGAAGUUACUGUUGAUUAAUUGGACGGAUAGAUAGAUUGGUGUGUUGACUGUCAGGUAGGGGGGUGGAUGGGAUGAAUGGAUGAAUAGAUUGCUGUGCAGACUGUUGGGUGUGCGGAUGGAUUAAUUUAUGUGUUAAUUGAAGGGUGUGGGUGGAUGAAUUGACUGAGAGAUGAAAGGAUAAAACCACAGAUGCACACAGACGAUUUUAAAGAUCUUUAGAGGUGUUACGUUUUGAAUGUUCUCAAUUGUCUUACUGUCAAUGAGCUGAACCAAGCCAGGCCUGGGAGUGAAAAGCACAACAAGCAUAGACUGUGUAAGAUAACUCUCACUGAGGGACACUAUUUCUAACUACCCAUAGAAAUAGAUGGUGGGUACAUUCAAUAUGGCAGCUGGUCCACCCAUCACGGAACAUUGACUUGAAUGGGAAUAUCCAUUCUAGUGAUCUGUUUUUUUUUAAUGGUACUACCUGCUGGAGAACAUGAACUGAAGUGCCCAUUCUCUAAUACUGUAUGCCUGGUGGUCCUAAUAGCACCUGAUCAUGACUCUUGCUGGUGCCUGUCAUUGUUGGCCUUGGUUGCACAAACUGGAAUGAAAUCGAGUGUAAGAAAAUAAUUACAAUAAACUGUGCCAUACAAUUGUAUCGUGAACAAUCACGACAAAAACAAAUCUUGUCAUUUUGAUGGUCAUUAAAAUGAGUUUCAGAGCAGAUACCAUUGGAGGAAAUGUAUAAGUGUACAGAAAAUAGAGGGUAGAAGAAGGCUUUGAAAUUAGAUGGGGCUUAUUGUUGCACUAUAACUGAAUGCUUAAUUGCAUAAAAGGUCAGUCCAUCUGAAGAUCUACUGUACCCAUAUGAAGCUAUUUCAAAACCGAGUCUGAAGAUUGAGGCUGCUUACCAUUUUCACAAAAUCGUUUACCAUUGUAAAAAGUAUGCCUGUGAGCUAAAAUAAUGUCCUCAUUUAGAUAAUCAUGUGUACUUAUCUUGUUAUUAUUCUAAUAUUUUACUAUGAAAUGUUCAAUAGAAAUGUAUAUUUUUGGGAUUGUUGAAUUUAGAUUUUAAGGUGUUUGAGCUGUAAUGCAUUGUAAGUAUGUUUUCUAAAAUCUUCUUCAAUAAAUGUGUACUGUUGUACUUUAACCCAGAGAAAAUAACUAUAUUUAAUAGAACAUAGCGAUGGGGGGGUACCAACUAAAAUACAUUACUAGGCCUAGACAGAACGUAUUGUAAAGAUCAUAUUGUAAUGUCUGCUUCCAACCCACACUCUCAAAAACCUAGAUCCCCUGAACGCAGCUCACUCUCCAGAUCCCAAUCACCUGAAUUCUAAUCACCUGUUCACACACCUGUAUGUCAUUAUCACACAUUAUUUUGUUCAGUUCUUUGCCCCCAUCACUGUGAGGUAUUAUAUGUUUUGCGACACAAGUCUAUCGGAGCAGUUUUUGCCGUGAUUCUACUCCUCCCUUGUAUGAUAGUUGUUGCCUGACUCACUAUCGGAUUUCCUGUAAUCUACCUAUUUCCUGAUCUCCCGGACAACUAGCCUUUUCCCUGCCUGUACUGUUGCCCUUUUGGACCCCUGUGUAUGACCUUCUGCCUGCCCCUGGACCCAGCUACCUGCCUCCUCCUGUGGUUCUUUGCAAUAAACACCUGCUGCGCU